CGUAACUUAGUAUGACUCGAACUUUGUAGUUUAACUGACGAACAAUCAUGUGAUUUAAAAUAGAAAAAAAAUAUAGUUAUAAUAUUUUUUGUUUAAUUUUUAUAAAUAUGAACGCGGGAGUGUUUUUGUUAUGUUUCGUCGCUAGUGAAGUUCUAUGUGCUGUUAUAGAUGAUUCGUACAGAUUGGAUAUUAUUCAUUACAAUGAUUUUCAUGCGAGAUUCGAAGAGACGACACUUGUAUACCCCGUUUGCACAUCGAACAAUACAAAUUGCGUGGGAGGAUUCGCCCGGUUAUAUCAGGAGAUCCAAACACUACUCAAGGAAAAACCAAACGCCCUUGUACUAAAUGCUGGAGACGUCUUCCAAGGGACAUAUUGGUAUACCCUUAUGAAAUGGAAUGUCACUCAAAAGUUUAUUAACAUGAUACCAAAUGAUGCUCAUGCAAUCGGAAACCAUGAGUACGAUGACGGCCCAGCGGGCCUAGUACCCUACCUUGCGGCACUCCGCGCUCCCGUGCUCGCUGCUAAUAUGGAUACAAGAAAAGAACCAUCCCUGAAUGGUCUUUAUGAGCCUCAUGUCGUAGUUGAAAGGAAUGGAAGAAAAAUAGGAAUCAUAGGACUUAUUACUCCGUCUACUAGUUCAUCGUCAAAUUCUCGGAACGUUAUAUUCUUAGAUCCUAUCGAAACAGCUGAAAGAGAAGCCAAACUAUUGACUGAUUUAGGAGUGGAUAUUAUCAUAGUUUUAUCACAUUGUGGUUUAGAUGUUGAUAGGCAAAUAGCAAAAGACGUUGGAGAAAACAUAGACAUUAUAGUGGGUGGUCACACUCAUAGUCUACUUUGGAAUGGGGAGCCUCCUAGCAAGGAAUGGACGUCUGGACCGUACCCAGUCAUUGAAAGGAGUCACAAAAAUCCUGAACACGAGGUUGUCAUAGUAACAGCGUCAGCAUUCACAAAAUACUUGGGAAAUAUUACCGUGUUUUUUGAUAGAAAUGGCAAUAUGAAAUCUUAUGAAGGUGAACCAGUGUACCUCAACAGGUCAAUCCCAGAAGACCCCGAAAUAAUAAAGUUAAUGGAACCAUACAUGGACUCCCUUCACGGGAUUGUCAAUGAAGUGGUAGGGCACGCGCAAGGAGACUUUCUUGACGGGAAGUGUGGCGCAGAAGAGUGUGAACUAGGAGAUUUGACUGCGGACUCUUUCUUGUAUGCUGGCAAACAAUUGAAUGUAUCAAAUCUACCUCAUGUCACUUUGUUGCUAAGGAACAUGAUUCGAGGGGCAAUUGGUCAAGGAAAUAUCACACGUGGAGCAAUAAUAAAUGCUCUCCCUUUCACCAAUAAGGUAGUUACGCUGGUCCUACCGGGAAGGUACCUAGUGGAAGCGUUAGAACACUGUAUGGAUAUGUACUGGGAGGAGAAACCUUUCAAGGGGCCAUGGAUGCCGCAAGUGGCUGGUAUACGAGUAACUUUAAAUACAAGAACAAAGACUGCAGAUGUUUUAGUGAAGGACGGAGAAGAUUAUGUUCCUCUGGACCCAAACCGAGAUUACCAAGUGAUAACGAUGGAUUUCUUGGCUAGUGGCAAAAACGGAUUUAAGAUGUUCGCUGAAGGAGGCCGGAACGUUACAUAUUUAGGAAAAGACGAAGAAAUACUAGAAAACUAUAUUAAAAUAUUCUCACCAGUUGUACCUCAACUAGAUAACAGACUUUCAGUUAAAAAUUAAUUAUUAAAAUACAUACAUUUUGAUUUAUAAACAAUUUUUUUUAGAAAAAAGCUGACGUGUUUUGUACGCUAAAGUU